UCAAAUUAUUUCAAAAUGUAAACAAAAUUAACAUGUACACUGUGAUGUGGUGUAUCGACUUUGUUCUGUCCUGUGUGAAAUUGCGUACGUACGAUACGUGGAUGACGAAGCGUACAAUCGAUGUGGAACGCCAUUCACGUGAUUGAAACUCAGUGUAUUUAUGUCAAAAUGGCAGAUAUCUCGUUUUCUGGUCGAGCGUAUUGUAAGAUCCUUUUACACGCGGUUAAGUAUCCUCAUUGUGCAAUAAAUGGCUUGUUGUUAGCGAAACAAAAGAAUAAAAAUGAUGGUAAAUCUGUUGAAUUACGUAUUGAAGAUGCGAUUCCACUGUUUCAUAUCUGCCUUCACGUCUCGCCAAUGGCGGAAAUUGCUUUAGCUAUGGUUGAUCAAUAUGCUAAUAGCAAAGGAUUAAUACUUGCAGGAUAUUAUCUUGCAAACGAAAAUAUAAAUGAUUUAAGUACAGAUAAACCUGCUCACAGAAUAGCAGACAAAAUAGCAGAAAAUUGUGGCAAUGCUCUACUUGUUGUUGUAAGUAUUAUAUAAAAUAAAAUUCUUCAGAAACUUUUCUAUUUUCUUUUAUUAUUGUUAGGUUUUUUUUUAUUUGUUAUAUAUAUAUAUUAACUAUUUUAUUUUUACAGUGUAAUGUAUGACAAAAGAGUAACACAUACACAUGUAUUAUAUUCUUUACUAAAAGCAGAACAAUAUAGGAAUCUUGUUGAUUUUGAUAAUCAUCUUGAUGAUAUUUCUCUUGACUGGCAAAAUCGUAAACUUAAUAAAAUCAUAGAUGAAGCUAUGAAAAAACAAAUCUGGAUAUCCAGGUAAAAUGUAAU